AUGGCCAGUGCUUCCCUUAAAGACCUAAUUAAAAAACGUGGAGGCCUUAAAGCCAAACUUACAUCAUUUAAUAAUUUUUUGAAUCUUAUAAAAGAUUCGGUUGUCUUGUCUGAGCUACAAAAAUCGGAACUAGAAUGCCGGCUUAGAAAAAUUGAUGCGGUAUACGACCAAUUUGACGCGUUACAGAUGGAGAUUGAGGCAUUGUCGGAGCAGGUUGAGGACGAAUACAAGGAACGCCUGCAAUACGAAGAACAAUAUUAUUCACUCCUUGCUUUGGCGCGUAGUAUGAUGAAUGCUGCUACUUCAUCAACGUCUUCUAGGGCAGGUUCCGUGACAGACAACCACGAAGAUAGCUGUGCACCUAAAUUCCAUCUACCUGUCAUCAACGUGCCGCAGUUCAGCGGUGACUUUCAGGAAUGGUUGGAAUUUCGAGAUACGUAUCUUUCAAUUAUCCAUAAUAAUAAUAACAUCUCAAACGUACAUAAAUUUCACUAUUUACGCGCAGCUUUGAAAGGUACUGCGUCAUUAAUAAUUCAAAGUUUAGAUGUAACACCAAACAAUUAUCCAAUUGCAUGGCAAUUAUUAACGGAGCGAUAUGAUAACAUACGUCUUUUAAUCAACAAUCAUAUACAAGCCUUAUUAAAUACGAAAAAUAUAUCCUCUGAAAGUAGUUUGGAAAUAAGAAAUGUUAUUGAUGUGAUGAAUAAAAAUUUAAGAGCACUUGCAACAUUAGGUGAACCUGUCGAUCACUGGGACACAAUUAUUGUUUAUGUAAUAUCAAAAAAAUUAGACCCAGUUACGAAUCGGCUAUGGGAAGAAUACAGAUGCAGCUUAAGUUGUAACUCACCAAGUUUACAACAAUUCAUUAAAUUUUUAAACAAUAAGUGUGAUGUAUUGGAUACAUUGAAUGCGGGAGUAACUAUUCCUAUUAUACAUAACGUCAAACACUCAAAACUUCAAUCACACCCUUUAACUUAUAAUAAUAAUAAUUACAAUAAUUCAUUUAGCAAAAAAGAGUUAAUAAAUACCGACAAGAAAAAUUAUAAUAAAAACAUUACAUGUCCUAUGUGUUCACAAAAUCAUUUCUUAUUUACAUGCCCUUCAUUCAUUAAACUUGAUGUAGAUUCUCGUAUAAAAAAAGCCACCGAAAGUAGAGUAUGUACGAAUUGCUUACGUCCAGGUCAUGUCCGUAACCACUGUAGAUUAUCAAAUUGCAAGUAUUGUAAUUCUAGACAUAAUACUCUAUUGCAUAAAGAUAAUUUCCAUAAAGACCCAUCUUCUUCUAAUGUAGCACUUUCGACAAAUAUCAGUUCAUCUUGUAACACUGCUUACGUCAUAUUAUCUACAGCGUUGGUACGUGUAAAAGACAAAGACGGAAAACAACACACAGCCAGACUUCUGCUUGACAAUGGAAGCACUUGUAAUUUUAUUACGGAAGAUAUGUGUAAUAAGCUUGGUUUGGUAAGAUAUAACACUGAUUCCACUAUCUCUACGAUUAAUAACCAAGUCACACGGGCCACCCAAAUAUGCGAACUAAAUUUUGAGUCAUACUUUAGUGAUUAUAAAGCAAAUAUUACUUGUUAUAUCCUGCCAAAAAUUUCACACACCCAACCCAAUUCGUACGUAAACAUUAAGCAUAUACCAAUUCCUUCAGAAAUAAAAUUAGCUGACCCUAAAUUCCACCUACCUUCUUCUAUUGACAUUUUAGUGGGUGCAGAAAUAUUUUGGGCAGUCUUAAAUGCAGAAAACCGCAAUAUUGGUCCUACAUAUCCAUAUAUGCAUAUAUGCUAA